AUGGGGGCCUCGUUGUCGAACCUUGGAUCCAACGGUUCGACCAUCGGUCCAAGCCUCGGCGACAUCCCGGAGAAUUGCGUUGCUCGUGUUUUUCUUCAUCUAUCUCCGCCGGAGAUUUGUAACCUAGCUCGUCUCAAUCGUGCUUUUCGUGGCGCCGCUUCCGCCGAUUACGUUUGGGAAUCUAAAUUACCCUCAAACUACCAGGAUCUUGUCCGUUUAAUGCCCGAGGAACGGUGUCGGAAUCUAUCUAAGAAGGAUAUUUUCGCUGCGCUCUCUCGGCCGUUACCGUUUGAUGACGGUAAUAAGCAAUUGUGGCUUGAUAGGGUUACUGGAAGGGUUUGCAUGUCGAUUUCGGCGAAAGGUUUGUUGAUUACUGGAAUUGAUGAUCGUAGAUACUGGACUUGGGUUCCCACUGAAGAAUCUAGGUUCAAUGUUGUAGCAUAUUUGCAACAAAUAUGGUGGUUUGAAGUGGAUGGUGAGGUCGACUUUCCAUUUCCUGCUGAUAGUUAUACUCUCUCCUUUAGACUUCACCUUGGACGAUUUUCCAAAAGGCUUGGUCGGCGCGUAUGCAAUUAUGAACAGACCCAUGGUUGGGAAAUAAAGCCGGUAAUAUUUGAGUUGUCGACUUCGGAUGGUCAACAAGCAUCAUCUGAGUGCUGCUUAGAUGAAACUGAGAACGAUGAUACAUAUGGCAAUCAUAAGCGAGGAUAUUGGGUAGAUUACAAGGUAGGUGAGUUUAUUGUGAGUGGAUCUAAACCUACCACUAAAGUUAGAUUCUCCAUGAAACAGAUUGAUUGUACACACUCAAAAGGUGGGCUUUGUGUAGAUUCUGUAUUUAUCGUACCUAGCAAUCUGAGAGACCGCAAGGGAGGUGGCUUUUUGAAAUGA